AGACCCCCUGAUGCAACCCUAGAGUAGAAACUCCCCAAAAAUGUACCCCAUUUUGGAAAAUACACCCCUCAAGUGUAAGACACUCCUGUUCUGCGAUCCACUGGGGCCCCCAGGGGUCCUCGGCCUGCGGGGGACCCCAUUGGAGUAGCAGGACAGGUCACGCAUGUGCCUGGGGAGUCUUCGGUUCCAACUCCUUUUUACAGGCAUACACCGGAGCGGAAGACCGCCGGGGUCUCGGAGGCAGGUUGACCGGACUGAAGAAUAAACAUAUGGCACUUUGUGAUUGGCUAGCAGGUACUUAAAAGGUGAUCUCCCUGGCUGGUCAGUGCCCACUGUUGUUUUGACAACCUGGGUGUAUGUUGCAGUUCAUAUUCUCCCAGACUUACCUGUGCAUGACCUCUGCCUUCCUCGAUUUAUUUCUAGAGACUGCCUCUGGAUACCUCAUUUUUGCUGAACAGUUUGUCUCGUGUAUGACCUUGGAUCUGACCCUGGAAAUCCUGACCUCUCAUCCCUAGGUACCACGUUACACAAAAUAAUACUGCGCAUAAGAACUUUGGCCUGGUCACUGGCUGUCCCCUUGGUGUUUCCCUGCACAGGUGGGAAAAUUCAGAAUAUGGAGAAGUACCCAGGCUACAUCCUCACUCAAUCUGGGGACAACGUGAACAUCAACUGCACCUUCAAGAUUCCCCGGACUCCAUUCACUCUGCACUGGACCUUAGACUGUGAUGAUUCAACACUUCUCAAGGAUCUCCCGUUGUACAAGGGCAGAGUGAAUUUCAGUUCGGUAAUACAUCAAAUGACCAUUCAAAACGUGACAGAGCAAGAUUCGAGAAUGUACUGUUUCCAUGUGAAGACGUCUGAUGGUGAAAUACAAGCUGGAAGAGGGAUAAAGUUGCAAGUGACAAAUAAGUUAGAAGAUUCCUUAGGUCAUCAGGGAACAGGACAUGAAAAGUAUAUUCUCUACACCGUCAUAGGGGCAGAAGCAUUUGUUAUAAUAAUCCUGAUUGCUGUGGUUAUUAAGUGGCGCCCCCGAGGUUUAUCAAGAACUGAAGAUCAGGGUCUGCAGUCGCAUCCUUCCGAGCUACAGUAUGCCGAGAUCUGCAAGAACAGUUCUCAUCAAGCAAUCAGGACCGAGAAUCAAUGUGCAGGAAGUCACCUACUCCGCCGUCAAGUUUAAUAAACAAGAAACAGGAAUAUGAAUUAUAUUUAGACAUUCCGGGAAAAGAUAAUACACUGUGUUAUGCCUAACACCGGAUGAAAAAGGGAGGUGCAUGACACAGGGGUAGAAGAAAACCAGAGAAUCUGUGUCAUGCUCCGCCCCCUUAGUGCCUGCAAUAGACAUAACACAGCGUAUUAGCUUAUCCUGGAAUAUCCCCUUUAUGUGCAUGCUGUAAGUUUCAUCUAUCAAUGUGUCAUGUCAAAUGUUAAUGUAUUUCAUGCACUGCAUGUCCCCUCGGCUGUAUGUGGAGAGGGUGGUCUCUGGUUACUAUUGCUGGGCUUGCGCUGGCACCAGGGUAGUUUGUAGUGUUAUAUGAAAAUAUUACAAGUGAUUGUCUAGGAUUAUACAUAUAUUAUAUAUGGGUAUGUGUGCUGCAUAGCUGACAUAUACACUCACCUAAAGAAUUAUUAGGAACACCUGUUCUAUUUCUCUCUAAUGCGAUUAUCUAGUCAACCAAUCACAUGGCAGUUGCUUCAAUGCAUGUAGGGUUGUGGUCCUG